AUGGCCAUCUACCAAGCAACGACCUCUGCGCCCGUGAACAUUGCUUGUAUAAAGUACUGGGGAAAACGAGAUACCAAACUCAUCCUACCCACCAACUCUUCGCUCUCAGUGACCCUUGACCAGGACCACCUUCGGUCGACGACAACCUCGCGUGCAGACCCCUCAUUUAAGAAGGACACGCUAUGGCUGAAUGGCAAGGAAGAGGUGAUAAAAGAAGGUGGCAGAAUGGCGACCUGCAUCGCUGAACUGAAGCGCCUUCGAAAAGAGCUCGUUGAAGACAAGAAUCCGGAUGCACCCAAACUAUCGACAUUCGCCCUCCAUAUAUCGUCCUUCAACAACUUUCCGACUGCCGCCGGCUUGGCAUCCUCAGCGUCCGGUUUUGCUGCCCUCGUUUCCUCCAUCGCGACCCUCUACACCCUUCCCUGCGAUGCUUCUGCCCUUUCCUUGAUUGCCCGACAAGGUUCAGGUUCUGCCUGCCGAUCCCUCUUUGGCGGAUACGUCGCCUGGGAACAAGGCACCUCUCCCACCGGUGAAGACUCCUACGCUAUCCAAAUUGCGCCCCAAUCCCACUGGCCCGAUAUCCAUGCCCUCAUUUGUGUCGUAUCCGAUGACAAGAAGGGUACUUCCUCGACCUCAGGCAUGCAGCGCACCGUUGAGACCUCCCCCCUCCUGCAGCAUCGCAUCAAGCACGUCGUCCCUCAACGCAUGGCUGACAUCUCCAAGGCCAUCCUCGACCGCGACUUCGACACCUUUGCGAAGAUCACUAUGGCUGACUCAAAUCAGUUCCAUGCUGUCGCGCUCGACACGGAGCCGCCGAUCUUCUAUAUGAACGACGUCUCCAAGGCUAUCAUCGCGUUAAUCGUGGAAUAUAACCGUGUGGCGGUACUAAAGACAAGCAAGGUCAAGGCGGCGUAUACGUAUGAUGCGGGUCCGAAUGCGGUUAUUUAUACGCCAAAGGAGAAUGUCAAGGAAAUCCAAAAGGAAGCUUUCAAAGAUGUGUUUGGGAUCUUUGGUGCGCAGGGUGUGCAAGGCGCCGUUGUGGAUGGAUUCAAUGAGGCGGUGGCGAAGCCUUUUGAUAUCGGAGCCGUGAAGGGGCUCAUUCACACCAAAGUUGGCGAUGGGCCAAGAGUAUUAGGGGAAGAAGAAGCGUUGCUUGACCCUGAUGGGAUUCCAAAAACGUUGGCAUGA